AUAAUCCGGGUGAAAAGGGGUUAAUGGCUGAAAAGUGAAAUAGCGGCCUGUUUCCCUCCCUUUUCAAAAAUCCGAUACAUUCGACUGAAAUUUCGAUUGCUCGCUCUCCCUCCUCUUUCUUUCACUCGAAUCCACUUCUCAAACUUAUAAAGUUACGCCCUUCACCAAUUCUUCUCUACCUUCAAUUUCCUGUUUAGCUCAAAUUUCUCUUCUUUCUGAACCCUAACUUUCACAAAACCCUCCAACCAAUCUCCUCCCUCUCUCUUAUCGAGUCACAAUGGUUCAACUCAUGGAAAUUGAUCGAUUUGGGACGCCGUCUUCUGAUUCUUUAGUUAUCAAGGAAACCCUAAACGGCUCUUCAUCAAAUUCACCCGCUCCCAUCUAUCUGUCUGAAGGCACCACCGACCAGUUCCAACCGGUGGUUUUUCUAGACGCGGAAGCUUCCCCAGAGGAAGAAGAACUUGAAAGAACAUGGAAUCUUGGCGGUAUGAAGUCACUGGAUCCCUUGAACAUCGAGUAUUCGUUCGAUCAGAUCAAACCUAACGUGGUGGGUCCAGGUUUUGCAAAUUUAGGAAAUACUUGUUUUCUAAAUGCGGUUUUGCAAUGCUUUACGCAUACCGUACCUCUCAUUCAGGGUCUUCAAUCAGUUGACCAUGUCAAACCGUGUGAAAGUUAUAACGAAGGCUUUUGUUUGAUGUGUACUCUUCUGUAUCAUAUUGAUGACGCAGUUGCUGCUGUUGGAAGGGUUGUGUCACCGUGGAAACUUGUUAAGAACUUGAGCUAUAUCUCAUCUGACUUCGAUAGAUUUCAACAGGAAGAUGCCCAUGAAUUUCUUCAGUGCUUUUUAGCUAGGCUUGAAAGUUGUGUUCCAUCAACAGAUGGAUUUUUAGAUGAAAAAAGCAUUGUUAAACAGGUUUUUGGCGGUAGUCUUGUUAGCAGAAUUCAAUGCUGCGAAUGUGGUCACUGUUCUGACACAUUUGAACCUAUGAUUGACCUUAGUAUAGAGAUUGGAAACGUGGAUAGUCUCCUAAAUGCUUUGGAAUCUUUUACUGAUGUUGAAAUGAUUGAAGUUGCAGAUACAAGGUUUACUUGUGAAAGCUGCAAGGAAGUAGUUUCUAUUGAGAAGCAGCUUGAAUUGGAAAAUUCUCCUUCAAUUGCUGCAUUCCAUCUGAAGAGAUUUAAAAAUGACGGCUCUUAUGUUGAUAAGAUUGACAAGCAUGUGAAAUUUCCUUUGGAGUUGGAUCUAAGCCCUUACACUAGGAAUUCUGAUAUGGAAUUAAAGUAUUAUUUGUAUGCUAUUGUGGUCCAUGAAGGAACAGCUUUUGGUUGUGGGCAUUAUUAUUCCUGUGUUCGUUUUUCGCCAGACGAAUGGUACAAGAUGGAUGAUUCAAGGGUUACUAGGGUUAAAGAGGAAGUUGUGCUUUCUGAAGAAGCCUACAUCCUUUUCUAUGCUAAGAUGGGAACUCCCUGGUUUUCAUCUUUCAUCAAGUCUGAAAAGAAACCCAAAAAUACUACAAACACUUCACCCAAAUCGGUUCUUGAGAGUGCUGACCAAGUUUCUGGAAUCCCAAGAUUUGAUAAUAUUGAAGUUCCUGAAGUUAAAGCUGAUGAUAUUCGAAAGGUGGAUGUUACAUUUUCAUUUGGUACAAGCAACUUUGGAGGGAUUGGCAGAACAACUCCUAACAAAAAUGAGACUGUCCCUUCUUCUCCUUCAGUUUUGAAGGAGAAUUCAUUUAAAUUGAAUUGUAGUGAAUUUGAAACUAUACUGAAGGAGAAGGACAAAUUAUCAACUCCAGUCAGACCUUGUAGCCCAGAUAUAUAUACAGAAGAACAACCAGCAGUAAGAAAAAUUGCAUCUUCUUCUAAACGACAGUCGGAGCAGAACCAAGAAGAUGAUUCGAGCCGGAGGAAACAAGCGCGUAGGCUGGUGAAGAGCAUGCCAAGCCAGAGAGGAAAGAGACUAUUGGAGUGUUUGAACAACUGCAGCAAGAAGAGCCCACAGGGCAGAGUAUCAACUACCUUCCUUCUUCGAUGACUGACUGCAUUUUCUGGGUUAGGGUAAUGUCGAUACUUAAUAGAAUCAAUGGGUUCUCUCUUUCUCUUUAAGGUUAGAAUGUUAAUAUAUUUUUGGGAAAUGUAAAAAACUUAAUUUUGGAUUUGAUUUCCUGCUUGGUGAGAGUACUCCCUCAAGACUUUACUUUUCACUCACUAGUUUAUCAUCUCAGGUUCUAUUUUGCUUACUAUAAACUUAAAUGGUAAAAUUCGAAUUUAAUUUAACAU